GCUGGGGGUGGGGGGCUGGGGGGAGCCCGGCUGCGGGGGGCCCGGCUCAGUGCGCUCUGCUCUGCAGGCCGGGGAGAUGCGGAGAAGGUGAAGCAGCUGGAGGAGAAGGUGCAGACCCUGAGCAAGCGGCUGGAGGACCUGCAGGCCACCGCGGAGAAGCUGCUGCAGGAGGGGAGCAAGGCGGUGGAGCUCUCGCUCAAUGGGAAGCAGUUGGCCGAUGCGGCCGCCCAGCCCGAGAUGAAGGAGACCCUCAACCAGAUCCAGAGGCACCUGCAGCACCUGGACAACCGCAUCUCCAGCCACGACGCCGAGCUGACCAACCUGAGCAACGGGCAGGGGCCGGGGGCCCCGCAGGGAGGGGCGCUGCUCCUGCAGGAGGUGGAGCGGCGGGUGCAGGAGUCCUGCGCUGCCUGCCUGGCGGGCAGCGAGGGGCUGCGGCGGCAGCAGGCCGAGGACCGCGAGCGCAUGCGGGGCCUGGAGAAACUCAUCAGCUCUGUGGACCAGCGGAACCGGGAGGCGGUGGAGAGCAUCCAGAGGCACGUGAGCGCCCUGGCGGGGCGCCUGCCCGCGGAGUGCUGCUCCCAGCUGGACGAGCUGCGCGGCAGGAUGGGUGACCUGGAGCGGCGGCUGGACGGCGUCUCUGGCUCCUUCACCAUGCUCAACGAGCGCCUGGACCACGAGCUAGCUGGUCUGGAGCCGGCGGGGGCGGGGCGGGGCCGGCUGGUGGAGGUGGAGCGGCGUCUGAACGCCACCCAGCGCAGCCUGGAGGAGCACGACGCCCACCUGCACAGCCAGCUGGCGGGCGAGCUGAGCGGGCGGCUCAGCGGGGCCGAGGGGGAGCUCGCCAAUGUGGCCGGCCAGCUGAGCGGCUUCCAGGGCCACGUUCACCAGGCCCUGGCCAACCUGAGCCAGGACGUGGAGACGCUGAAGGACAGCGUGGCUCAGAGUGUGGCUGUGGUGAUGGAGCUGCAGGGCCAGGGCUGGCCGCCCCCCACGCCCCACGACCCCUCUCUGGGCAGCCAGGACUCCCAGAUCAGCACCAUCCUCAGUGACCUGGCGCGCCGGGUGCAGGAUAACGAAGGGCAGCUGCGCACCCUGGGCUCCAACCUGCACCAGCUCAGCGGCUCCGGGGUCGGGCUGGCCGGCUCCGUGCGGGCCCUGCAGGCCGAGGGGAAGAAGCUGCGGGAGCUGGUGGGGGCCAACGGGGAGUCACUGGUGCGCCUGGGGGCUGAGAUCGGCAAGCUGGAGACCCAGCUGCUGGGCACGGGGGGCAGCGCCACCGACCCUACCGCCAAGGACCUGGCGCUCUUCUUCAACCGCACGGGGGCGCGGCUGGGCCAGCUGGAGGGCGAGCUGCGGGGGCUGAGCGGCUGCAGCCAGGCCUGCGCCGCCCUGCAGGACGAGGUGGGCCGGCUGCGCGGGGAGGUGGCGGCCUGCGCUUGCCCGCUGCUGCCCAGGAAGCCGGAGCAGGGCCGGGAGCCCGUGGAGGCCCACAAGCCCCUGGACGGCUUCAGUGUCUUCGGGGGCACGUCGGCCGUGGACCUGAAGUCGCUGCAGGGCGAGCUGUCCGAGGUGAUCCUGAGUUUCAGCUCCCUGAACGACACGCUGCGCGGGCUGCAGAGCACCGUGGACAAGCACCAGACCGACCUCCACGAGCUGGGCUCCACCAAGGACCGCAUCAUCGCCGAGAUCAACAAGGUGCAGGCCGAGGCCACGGAGCGCGCGGCCGAGAGCGAGGAGCGGCUGGAGGGGGUGACGCGCCAGCUGCACCACCUGGGCGGCACCUUGCGGGGCGAGGCUGGGGAGUGCCGGCGCGCGGCCGGCAGCCUGGAGCAGCGGCUGGCCAAGCUGGAGGGCGUCUGCGAGAGGCUGGACACCGUCUCCGGCAGCCUGCGCAAGGUCAAGGAGGGGCUGAGCAAGCACGUGACGGGGCUGUGGGGCUGCCUGCAGGAGGUGAACGGCACCCUGCGUACCCACGGCGCCCUGCUCGACAAGCUGCAGGACGCCCGCCUGGGCACCGUCCACCCCCGCCUGGGCGCCCUCAACGCCUCCCUGCUGCGCCUGCAGGGCGAGGUGCACAACCUCACGCGCCAGGACCUGGCAGGCCCCCCCGGCCCACCUGGACCCGAAGGCCCCAUGGGACCCCCAGGGUUCCCUGGCGAGCAAGGCCCGGUGGGCAAGGCGGACGUGUGGCCCAGAAUCGCCUUCUCGGCCGCGCUGACGUCCCGGCACGAGGAGCCCGGAACAAUCCCCUUCGACAGGCUGCUGGUGAAUGACGGGGACGCCUAUGACCCCUACACUGGUAUCUUCACGGUGCCCGUGGCUGGGCGUUACUUCGUCAGCGCCGUGCUGACGGGGCACCGGAACGAGCAGCUCGAGGCCGUGCUGUCGCGCUCCAACCAGGGCAUCGCCCGCAGCGACUCGGGUGGCUACCAGCCCGAGGGCCUGGAGAACAAGCCAGUGGCCGAGAACCAACCCAACCCUGGCUCCCUGGGCAUCUUCAACCUGCUGCUGCAGCUGGAGGCGGGCGAGACGCUCUGCGUGGACCUGGUGACGGGCCGGCUGGCGCACUCUGCCGACGAGCCGCUCACCGUCUUCAGCGCGGUGCUGCUGUACCCGGGCGAGGGGGGCGAGGUCGGCUAGUCCCUGCCCCCCGGCACAGGGGAGGGGCCGAGCCAGGGCUCCCCAGCCCAGCCUCCGGCGUGUUGCAUCCUGCUCCAGCCCUGCCCUCGCCCUAGGGGGUGCAAAGGCCAUGACCCAUCAGCGCUGGGGGGCAGGGGGAUCCGAGGCGCUGCAGGAGACACGGCUCCCUGGCAUGGGGGGAAAAGGGGGGCUCAGGCCGGCAGCCCACCCCCACGUGCUGCAGCAGCGGGAGCAGGAGGCAGCGAGAGCCCCGUGGAGCCCAGCCCCCCUCGCCCCCCUGCUCCUGGCUCCCAGCCCCGGGUCCCUCGCUGCUCCCAGCUACCCCCCAGCUGCAGGGGCCCAGGGGGCUCAUGACCAAGGCACCCCAGGGGCCGGCCAGGGCCGGGGCCUCAGGCAGACGCGUCUCCUGCAGGCCGGCCAGCUGCUGCGGGGGGCUCCAGGCUGUGACCCCUGCAGGGAUACCCCAGCCCUGGGGCCCGGGAUCCCCCUCCCUUGAAGACAGGCCCCUCCCCCACCCACAUCGACCGGGCACCUCCCUGUUAUUUAUCAUCCUGUCGCGCCCAUUCCUGCCCUGCUGCCCACCCUUGGGGCACCCGCCUGCCACGCCCCUCUGCACAGCUCCUGCUCACCAGCUCAGCCCCUCACCGCCCCCAGGCACAGACCCCAGCCGCCCCCACGCCAGGGCCGGAGAGCGCCCGGGGGGCGGCGCCGGGCCCCCUCCCAGCACAGACAGCACCAGAGAUGAGCCGGCGGGCGGCACUGCCAGCGCUGGGCCUGGCUGAGGGAGCCAUGGGAGGGAGGGGGCCAUGAACGGCUCUGCGGGCGGCGGUGCCCCACCCUGGCCCAGGGCCAGCUCUGCCCAGGCAUCGAUUCCAUGUAUUAAUAAAGAAACGUCACGGUGUUUUGUA